AUGAUAAAUUAACUCAAUUAAUAGUUGGAAAGAGUGGAUGAUUUGAAGAGUGCAGAUAUUUGUGCAGAAUUUGAAUUCGAGACCAAGACUAGGGAAAUUUUGGGAAAAGGGACUUAUGGAAAGGUUUUCAAAAUGAAAAGCAAAUUUGAUAAUUAGUAUUACGCUGUAAAAUGCAUCAAGAAACAAAAUGAAAAAGAAGGAUUUCCAAUAACUUCUUUGAGAGAAAUAAAAUUUUUAACUUCCCUAGAUCAAGAGAAUGUAAUAAAAAUAAAGUAGAUAUAUACGAGAGUAAAAAAAAACAAGAAUAAAUUAAAAACAAUAAAAACAUAUUGUGCUAUGGAUUUAAUGGCAAAUGACUUUUGGAAAAUAUUGUUUACUAAUGAAUAACAAAAGUUUUAUUUUUCAACAAAUCAAAUUCGUAGCAUCCUCUAUUAAUGCUUUAAAGGUCUUUAAUAUAUUCAUUCCUAAAAGAUAAUACAUAGGGAUAUAAAAAGUGCAAAUAUUUUGGUUAAUGAGGAAGGAAUAGUCAAGAUAGCAGAUUUUGGAUUAGCAAAGUUUUGCCCCAAAAUAGAGGGAGUCAAGAAAACCCCCACGGUUGUCACCUUAGGUUAUAGAGCACCUGAAGUCUUAUUAACAAGAGGAUAAUACUCAUUUUAAUUAGAUGUUUGGAGUAUGGGAUGCUUUGCGGUCGAAUUAAAUUUCAAUAGACCAUUAUUUAAAGCCAAAGACGAGGCUUAGUAAAUUUAAUAGAUUUUUGAAAAAUGUGGCACACCCACACCUGAAUCUUGGCCAGAGAUUAUGAAAUCAGAUUACUUUAUAAAAUUACACCCUUAAAAAUAUGAUAGGAAGUUUAUUUCCUCAAUAAGAAAUAUGAACAUGGCAUUUGAUGAUGAACUACUCGAUUUACUUGAUAAGAUAUUUGUUUUGAAUCCAAAUGUUAGGUUGACUGUUGAAUAAGUGCUCUAACAUCCUUUCUUCACGAAUCAUGAUCUAGAAGAAUGCUUUCAUCAAUUCAAAGAAUACAUUUUGAAAAAAAAUGUCACUUAAGAGAAGGUAGUAAAGACCAUUUAUAAACCUAUAUAAGAAGAAAUAAAAUUUGUUAUAUGA